AUGGCUAAAUUUUUGAAAGCAGGUAAAGUUGCCGUCGUCGUCCGUGGACGUUACGCUGGUAAGAAAGUCGUCAUCGUUAAACCACAUGAUGAAGGUUCCAAAUCUCAUCAAUUCGGUCAUGCCUUAGUCGCAGGUAUUGAAAGAUAUCCAUUGAAGGUUACCAAGAAACAUGGGGCUAAGAAGGUCGCCAAGAGAACUAAGAUUAAGCCAUUCAUUAAAGUAGUCAACUACAACCAUUUGUUACCAACAAGAUACACUUUAGAUGUUGAAUCUUUCAAAAAUGUUGUCUCCACUGAAACUUUCGAAGAACCAUCCCAACGUGAAGAAGCUAAGAAAGUUAUUAAGAAGGCCUUUGAAGAAAGACAUCAAGCUGGUAAGAACCAAUGGUUCUUCUCUAAGUUGAGAUUCUAA